AUGUUAGGAUCUAUGAAAUCUGUCAAAAUGCUAGGCUUUACUGAGUGGCUUGCGGCUCUUGUUCAAGGAUUGAGAGUGACGGAGCUUAAGGAGUCAACCCUCUCUCGCAGACUGCUCGUGGUGCGAGUAUUUUGGCAAAACAGCAUUAGCACACUGGCUCCAUUCGUAACUUUUGUCUUCUUCGCAAUGAUUCCAGAGAAAUCACAUCCUUUCAAUGUCAAUUCGGCUUACACAACCUUGUCACUGGUCUCGCUGCUCAGCUCACCUGUUAAUGGCUUUAUCCGAUCCAUUCCAGCCAUGUUAAUUGCCCUGACCUCUCUCGGUCGCAUUCAGGAAUUCCUUUACCAAUCAACCUCGGAUGAGAUAGAACUUUCGGACUUGAGUCAUUUGACGUUCUCCCCAUCAUCAGAAGUCAUUGUCGCUCGAGAUGUGAGCUUUGCAUGGAGCGACCACGCUACUUUUUCGGUCCAUGAUAUCAAUCUCACUGUUCGAAAGGGACAAUUUUGUCUAAUCAUUGGGCCGACAGGUUGCGGUAAGAGUACCCUCAUGAAGGGAAUUUUAGGCGAAACACCAUCCAUAAAGGGCUUUCUCUACUCUAAAUCCAUCCACACCGCAUACGUUGAUCAAAGUCCCUGGAUACGCAACACUUCAUUCAAGGAUAAUAUUCUAGGUGUCUCAAACUACACAAAGGGUUGGUACGAUGAGGUUGUCAAUGCCUGUGGUUUGGAGCAAGACGCUGCAAAUCUCCCAAAUGGUCAUUUUACAAAGGUCGGCUCCGCUGGGAUUUCCUUGUCCGGGGGACAAAAGCAGCGACUAGCCCUGGCUCGUGCCGUCUACGCAGAAAAGCCCGUUGUCAUACUCGAUGAUAUAUUCUCUGGUCUGGAUGCAGAAACAGAAGAGCACAUCUUCAAGAAUCUGUUUUCAAGAAAUGGAUUAUUCCGUCGGCUGCGCACAACUGUGCUACUAGCUACUCAUGCUGUGCAUCGCCUUUCUUACGCAGACCAUAUCGUUGCCAUGGGCAGCGAUGGUUCAAUAUUUGAGCAGGGCACACUAAAGAAGCUCAAGGCUGACGGUGGGUAUGUUACACUCAUGGCGCAGCAUAAAACUCAAGCCCGGGAUGAAGGCGAUGGCCAACAGCAGAAGACUCCAAGGAAUGUGAUCACUAGCUCUGGUCCUGGUCACACUAUUGACGCUAUGACAGAAGUGCUGAGCCGACAAAAUGGGGAUUUGUCCCUAUACGCUUACUACUUUCGCUCUGUAAGUUGGGCCUCUGCAGCUUUGAGUAUCAUUCUCCUAGCAAUUGCGGGAGUUGUAGGAAAACUGAGUGAUCUGUUGGUCAAUAUUUGGGUCAGCGCUUUGGAAAGGACCGGCAGCAGUGUCAAUCCUUUCUAUUUAGGUCUUUAUGGGAUGUUAUCCAUCAUGACCAACGUGACUCUGGUUGGCGGAGCUUAUCACUAUAUUAUGAUUUUCACACCCCUGAGCUCUAUUAGACUUCACGAACGUCUUCUUAAAACGGUUAUGCAUGCACCCUUGACAUUCUUCACCUCUGUCGAUAUAGGAACGAUUACGAACAGGUUCAGUCAAGACAUGACCUUGAUUGACCAUGAUUUGCCAUACUCAGCCGCCGAUUUUGUCGUUUCAUUUUUCAUUGGUCUCAUGUCCGUAGUUCUGAUGUGUACAUCAGCACGAUAUUUCGCUGUUGUCAUGCCACCGGUAUUCCUUUUUAUGUGGGUAUUGCAGAAGUUCUACCUGCGCACUUCGCGGCAGAUGCGAAUUCUUGACCUCGAAGCCAAGUCCCCCCUCUUCUCUCAAUUCAUUGAAAGUUUGUCAGGCCUGGUGACGAUCCGCGCCAUGGGCUGGGCGGCCGUGUUCAAAGACCAAAAUUUGGAUCUACUCGACACGUCGCAGAAGCCGUUCUAUCUGCUCUUUUGUAUCCAGCGCUGGCUUGAACUAGCUUUGGAUCUGAUGGUGGCUGUCCUCGGUGGUAUUCUCAUGAUUAUAGUCGUUAAGCUACGGGGUGAGGUGGGUGCUGGAUAUGUUGGUCUCGCCAUCCUCAACGUGAUCACUUUCAGUCAGUCUCUGUCACAGAUUCUCCGAAUGUGGGCCCAGCUUGAGACUUCUAUGGGUGCGGUCGCUCGAGUAAGAGAUUUUGUGGCCAACACCGCUUCCGAGCACAAAAAAUCCCGUAACGACGGGUUGGAGCCUACUCUGUCUUCCUGGCCAUCAGAGGGAGCAAUCGAGCUUCGAGAUGUCUACGCAUCUUAUAAAGCGGGUGAAAACGAGCCGCGUGUUCUGAGAAGCUUGAAUCUCUCUAUCCAGCCCGGCCAGAAGAUCGGAAUCUGCGGUCGCAGUGGCAGUGGCAAGAGCUCGCUCCUGGCAACCCUGCUCCGAAUGCUAGAAGUCGAGCCCCAGAGCCAAAUCUUGAUUGACGGCGUAGAAAUCACAAGUCUCCCGCCACAGAUAACGCGCAAUGCUCUUAACGCCAUUCCCCAAGAGCCCUUUCUCACCCAUGGCUCUGUUCGCGCUAACAUGGAUCCAUCUGAUAUCAAGAGUCCUGAGCAGAUUGAGCGAGCUCUACGUCGAGUGGAGCUUUGGGAUGUCGUUGUAGCGAAAGGUGGACUGGACGUGGCUCUUGAUGCCAACUUUUUCUCACACGGCCAAAGACAGCUCUUUUGUCUUGCGCGGGCUUUGUUACGCAGUAGCAAGAUCUUGGUGCUUGAUGAAGUCACCAGUAAUGUUGAUGUUGCUUCGGAUGCAUUGAUGCAGCGCGUGAUUCGUGAGGAGUUUUCAGACUGCACGAUCUUGGCUGUUGCGCAUCGGCUGGAGACUAUUAUAAAUUUUGAUCGCAUUGCGGUGAUGCAAGAUGGCAUGCUGAUUGAGUUUGAUACACCCGAAGCACUUCUGAAGACAGAUAGUGCAUUUAAAGAGCUCUACGAGUCAUGA